AGCUGGUCAACCUCCUUUCUGUUGGCAGACUCAUCCCGGAUGAGGCUGAUGACCGUAGUGUCGUCUGCGAACUUCAGUCGUUUUGACAGAUGGGUCUCUUGAGGUGCAGUCGUUGGUCUACAGGGAGAAGAGCAGUGGGGAGCACUUGUCAAUGUCACAUAGAUUCAACACCGUUACACCAAGGUUCAGCCGAUUCCUACGCCAGUAGACCCUCGGAUUCCGACGUGUCCCUGGAGGACGAUCCCGAGGCGUGUCGGCUUGAAGCCGAGCGCCUGGCCCAACUGCAGCUGGAGAGAGCCAAGUCCAAACCGGUGGCGUUUGCAGUAAAGACCAAUGUGAGUUACUGUGGAGCCCUAGACGAGGACUGUCCUGUACAAGGAGCUGCCAUCAACUUUGAAACCAAAGACUUUCUUCAUAUAAAAGAGAAAUACAGCAAUGACUGGUGGAUUGGUCGGCUGGUUAAGGAAGGGGCGGACAUCACUUUCAUCCCCAGCCCGGUGAAACUGGAAGCCAUAAGGAUCAAACAGGAACAGAAGCAAGCCCAGAGGAAAGCAGCAAAUGCAUCGUCCGGAUGGAGGACCACACCACCUUCUGCAGCCAAACAGAAGCAGAAGCAGACGGAGCAUCUCCCUCCCUACGAUGUAGUUCCCUCCAUGAGACCAGUCGUGUUAGUGGGACCCUCCCUGAAAGGCUACGAGGUAACAGACAUGAUGCAGAAGGCCUUGUUUGACUUCCUCAAACACAGGUUUGAUGGGAGAAUCUCUAUCACACGGGUGACUGCUGAUCUGUCAUUGGCCAAAAGGUCUGUAUUAAACAAGAAGGCCAUCAUGGAGAGAUCCAACACGCGCUCCAGUCUAGCUGAGGUCCAGAGUGAGAUUGAGAGGAUCUUUGAGCUGGCCAAGACCCUUCAGCUGGUAGUGCUGGAUGCAGACACCAUCAACCACCCAGCACAGCUCCUCAAAACAUCCCUGGCUCCUAUCAUCGUUUACGUUAAGGUGUCCUCUCCAAAGGUAUUUCACUACCAACCAAUCAGCCAGACACACAGCCAGCCGGUUAACCAGCCUGUCAGCCAGUUAACGGUUCUUCAGAGGCUCAUCAAAUCUCGUGGGAAAUCUCAAAGUAAACACCUGAACGUACAGAUGAUGGCAGGAGACAAGCUAGCACAGUGUCCACCCGAGAUGUUUGACGUUAUCCUGGAUGAGAACCAGCUAGAGGAUGCAUGUGAACACCUAGCAGAGUACCUUGACAUCUACUGGCGCGCCACUCACCUGCCCUGCUCCGCCCCCCUCAACCCCCUAUUGGACCAGAGUGUGGUCACUCCGCCUUCCGCUAACUCCAGCCAACAGUUCUCCGAGACUCAAGAGUUGAUAGAAUGAUCACAAUCUAUCUACCACGGCAACAGACAUGGGAGCAGCAAAUGCUGUGGGUCGGAUGUACGGAGUCACCAGGGGUCACCGGGGAAACUAGGGGUCGGCACCCAUCCUUCCUGCCUGGAUAUAGGCCCCACCUCCACAGGCCGACCCCUCUCUAUCCUGGAGAGAAGGGUGGGGGAGGAGGACUACA